CUACUAGAAAUGAAUUGUUCUCUUACAACUAAUACUAGCUCUAGCUAAGUUCAAUAUUGUACUCAUCAAACCUCACCCUUCAAAGAAAAAGGAAGUAGUAAAAUUGGAAAAUAUGGAUUAAACUAAAUGUUUAUUUACCAAUCAAUUUGUGGUUAUAAUUAUAAAGAUUGAAUCUUUUCAUAAGCUUAUAUAUAUAAAGAUUGAAUCUUGUGGGAGAUUCUUGCCCUGAUGUUCGAAUACUGAAAGAUUGAAGCUUUUUUCACAAUUGAAGAUACCCAUUUGCAAAUUUAGCUACUCUUUACGAUUUGGGAGAAUUCGAAGACAGAUAGAAGAGGAAUUUUUGCUAUUUUUGAGUUGAUUUGAGCAAAAAGAUUGGAUUUUUUCUUGACUUGAAACACCGAUGCCUUUCGCCGCCGCAAUCGUCUCUCUUCCUCCGCCCACGCCAAAGAUUCAAAUCCUAUCAGACCCCUUUUCGCCCAAAUCAAAUCCCACAACCGGGCAUCUCAAAUCUUGCAAAAAUCUUCAAGAAAUCAAACAAAUUCAUGCGCAAUACACGAAGCAUGGCCUCGUGGGCGACGCUUCUCUACUAACAAAACUCAUCGCGAAAUACUCAGAGAUGGGCUCUUCUGAGAGCUUGGAGUUUGCAGAGAAAGCAUUUAAGAUGUUCAAGAGCAGCAGAAAGGAUCGGACUAGUAACAUAACUUACCUCUACAAUUCAUUGGUGAGAGGGAAUUCAUUAGCCGGAUCUUAUCACGAGGCGAUUUCGAUGUAUGUGGAUAUGUUGAUUGAUGAUUUGGAGCCCGAUAACUAUACGUUUCCGUUUGUUUUGAGCGCUUGUGCCAAAAACUCGAGCCUCUCCGAAGCAAGGCAGAUUCAUGGCUGCGUGGUGAAGAGGGGAUAUCGCGAUGAUGUCUUCGUCUCGAAUUCUCUGGUGUAUUGUUAUGGCGAAUGCGGCGAGAUUGAUAGUGCGAGGAAGGUGUUCGACGAAAUGUCUGAGAGAAAUGUCGUGUCGUGGACGAGUUUGAUUUGUGGGUUCGCGAGGCGAGACCGGCAUCGCGAGGCGGUCUCUCUCUUCUUUGCAAUGGUGGGAGAGGGAAUUGAGCCCAAUGAGGUUGCAUUCGUGAGCGUUGUUUCGGCCUGCGCCGAGUUGGGGGAUUUGGAUUUGGGGGAGAGAGUGUUGAACCAUGUUGAAGAGUGUUGGGAGCUCGAGUUCAAUGGUGUUAUGGUGAAUGCUGUUGUUGAUAUGUAUAUCAAAUGUGGAUGUGUUGAGAAGGCGAGGCGGCUCUUUGAUGAAUGUGUUGAUAAGGAUUUGGUUCUCUACAACACGUUGAUGUCGAAUUAUGUGAGGUUGGGGAAGGCGGGAGAUGCGCUUGAUGUGUUUCGGGGAAUGCUUGAUCUCGGGGAGAAGCCGGAUAGGAUCACCGUGGUGUCUGUGAUCGCGUCCGCGGCUGAGCUCACGGAGCUCUCGUUGGGGAAGCAAUGCCACGCGUAUGUUCUGAGGAACGCGCUCUGGAGUUGGGAUAGCGUUGGGAAUUCGCUCAUUGAUAUGUACGGCAAGUGUGGCGAGCUAGGGCUCGCGCGUAGGGUGUUUGAUCGGAUGUCGGGCAACACGACAGUCGUGUCGUGGAACUCUCUCCUCGAGGGUUUUGCUCGGAAUGGUGAUGUGGAUUCGGCCGUUGGGGUGUUUGAUGAGAUGCCGGAGAGGGAUGUCGUGUCGUGGAACACGAUGAUUAGAGCUUUGGUUGAUGAGGGCUCGUUUCUUGACGCGAUUGAGCUCUUUCGCUCGAUGCAGAGGGAAGGGAUGGCUUCGGAUGAGGUGACGAUGGUGAGUGUGGUGUCGGCCUGCGGUUAUUUAGGAGCACUCGAUUCUGCGAAAUGGGCGUAUAGCUACAUUAAGAGACGCGGUUUUCGCUCCAACACGCGCCUCUGCACUGCUCUCGUCGACAUGUUUGCUAGGUGCGGGGACCCUCGGAGUGCGAUGGAGGUGUUCUGGUCGAUGAAGGAGAGAGACGUCUCUGCCUGGACUGCAGCAAUCGGAGCGAUGGCAAUGGAGGGGAACGGGGAACGAGCCCUCGAGCUUUUCCACGAGAUGGUCCGGCAAGGGAUUGCGCCGGAUCAAGUAGCUUUCAGUGGAGUUCUUACAGCUUGUAGCCAUGCCGGUUUGGUUGAGGAAGGAAUGCUUGUCUUCAACAGCAUGAAGGAAUACGGGGUCGUGCCGCACGUCGUCCACUAUGGGUGCGUCGUUGAUCUACUCGGCCGCGCGGGUUUGCUAGACGAGGCGCUCGAGUUCAUAGACACGAUGCCCUUGGAGGCGAACGCCGCAAUCUGGGGCGCGUUCUUGGGCGCUUGCCGGAAGCACGGGAACGAGAAGAUGGCCAGCCGUGCCGCUAAGAUGAUGAGCGAAUGUAGCAGCGGCGGUGAUCAAACGGGGAUCCACGUCCUCUUGUCGAACAUAUACGCGUCCGCCGGGUUAUGGAGCGACGUUGCUCGAGUCCGGACGCGUAUGAAGGAACGGGGCAUGAGGAAAACCCCGGGUUCGAGCGCGAUCGAGGUCGGCGGGGUCGUUCGCGAGUUCACUUCCGGCGACGAGAGCGCGUGCACGGCCUCGAUGCUCGAAGAGAUCGACUCGAGGCUCAGAGACGCAGGGUAUGCUCCGGAUCUAACGAACGUCUUGCUCGAUGUCGACGAGCAAGAGAAGGAGUUCUUGCUCGGUCGACACAGCGAGAAGCUCGCCGUCGCCCACGGCCUCGUCUCCUCCGCCCGUGGAACACCGGUCAGAGUCGUCAAGAAUCUCCGGAUGUGUUCCGACUGCCAUUCCUUCGCAAAAAUGGUCUCCAAAGUGUAUGAUAGAGAGAUAGUUGUUAGAGAUAACAAGAGAUUCCACUUUUUCCAGCAAGGCUUGUGUUCUUGCCGUGAUUACUGGUAAAAAACAUAAUACAGAACUUUCAUCAAACAUCUUGAAAUCAAAGCUACAAAUUAUCCCAAACUAAAAUUCAAGAUCCAAGCUUUGGGAAAAUGGCGUCUAUAAAAGCAUGAUACAUAGGGUCAGCUGCCCAGAGCUGAGCGAGGUGAUGCGGAGACGAGGUUCGUCGGUGUAUCUCUUCAAUGAGCCAGAUGGUCACCUCGGCUUUAGAAGGAUGGAUGAUCAAGUCGAGUGGGACGUACUCGUCCUCUGCUCCAAGCCUCUCCCGGUCCAUCCGCUGCAAGUGAAUGUUGGUGAGGUAGUGCAGAGGCUGCUCGUACAUCUGCUUCAUAGAGGCUCCAAGUCCGGUCCACGACGUGUAGGGAAUAACAGCGCCCCGGUUAGUAGGUAUCGGGAUCGACUUCAUGUAUUCUUGGUAGCUUGCUGCUCUUCUGAACAACCAUGCUGCAUUUGCAGGAGAUGUAUCUAAUUAAACAUGGUGAUUAUGAAUAAUUGCUUCUUGUUAUCA